AGAUGAAAUAUAGGUAGAUCUGUUAUGUGAGAGUGAAUUAAUAGUUAAAAAGUUGUGCAUUUGGGAAGAUAAUACUAGUUCAAUCUGGUUCAUGGAUGGGUGAUAUUGCUGUUUAUAGAAAUUAAGACUCUCGGGAAUUCAUCGAAGCUUCUUUUAUUCUACUGGAUUGUACCAUAAUGAAUAGAAAUUCAACUAACUUUUCAAUGACAUCAUUUGGAUAUAUUAAUGAAUACUGAGAAUAUUGAUGAAAAUAUCCAGAAAAGGAUGAAAUUGUUACAGAAUGAUGACAGAUUUGUGAAAGUACAUGGUAAAGGAGUUUGUUACAAUAGACUCUAUAAAUAUUAAU